CAGCGCCUAAAGUCUUCUCCCUCUCCCUCGCCUCCUCCUCGUCCGCCCCUCUCGCCGUGAGCCCACCCCACAUUGUGCAAGCCCCCAGCAGCAAUGGCCUCGAGCACCGCCGCCAGCUCGGCCCAUCCCGCCUGGACGCGUUCCUACCGAGAACGCGCUGCUCUGUCAAGUGCCUCCCCGCUCGCCGCCUACCUCCUGCGCCUCAUCUCCAUAAAACAGACCAAUUUGUGCCUGUCCGCCGAUGUCGACACCAGCGCCGAGCUGCUUGCCCUCGCCGAAGAGGUGGGCGACUCGAUCUGCGUCCUCAAGACCCACGCCGAUAUCGUCACCGACUUCAACGAGCGCACGGCAAAGAGCCUGCGCGAUAUCGCGCGCAAGAAGCACUUCUUGAUCUUUGAGGACCGCAAGUUUGCCGACAUUGGCGGUACGUGAUCGGCCCUUUUUCUCGCUAUACGCGACCUACUUCCGGCCCUUUUUGCAACUAUUCCCACAUUAUCCCCCCUAAUCCCCCACAACCUCCCUAACACGCCCCAGGCACCGUCCAGAAACAAUACACCAGCGGCCCCC